AUGGAUCAGUUCUUGACUGGGAUUGCAACUAUGGCAACUGCCCAAGCGGAGAACCAGAAUAUGCAACGAGAACAGCUGCUACAACAGCAGCAACGUUUGGCUGGAAAUGCUGAUCGGGAUAUUGUAUUGGCCUAUAUGCACCUUAAGCCAACGGAAUUUGAUGGUUCCGGAGACGCAUUAGACUUUCUAGAAGAAGUGGAACGUAACUCUAGAAGUCUCCAGGCUAAUGAGAGACAGUCGAUCAUUUUAGUGGAAAUGUCGAUGAAAGGGACAGCAAAGGACUGGUUCCAACGUAUAAUUCAGCCGACAAUGGGUCAAAUGACGUGGGCUGAAUUUGUUAAUAUUUUCAGGGAGUAUUUUCUUCCGUAUUCAGUAAUGGAGUUACAUCGUUAUCGAUUAUUGGAUCUGAGCAAAGGAGAUAGGUCGGUGCAAGAAUAUGUUACAUAUUAUACAAGGUUAAGUCGAUUUGCACCUGAUUUGAUGGUAGACCCGGUAAGGGUGAACACUAGGUUUAUGAGAGGCUUAGGGUUUGACUUUGUGAGCUUAAUGGUAGAUGUGAAUAGGGAUUUAGUUCAUCUGAUAGAUAGCGCCCGACAGAUCGAGACUUCCUUGAUUCAGUUUGGACGACUCCCAGAUCAUUCUAGAAAGGUACCAACCAGAAGUGAAUAUGCUUAG